CCCCACGGCCCGGACGACGCCGGCCAGCCCGCGGAUCCUCCGCCCCUGCCUUUGUCCAGUGUCACCGCUGCUGGCCUCGCCUCUUGCUUCCUGUUCCUGCACCAUGAAAAUCCCGCUCUGUGACCUCCUGCUGCUCAGCCUGGUCUCCAGUGUGUUCAGCAGCUGCCCCAAAGACUGUGUCACCUGCCGGGAGAAGCUCCGCCCGGCCCUGGACAGCUUCAACCUGGAGGCAUGCAUCCUGGAGUGUGAGGAGAAGGUCUUCCCCAGCCCUCUGUGGACUCCAUGCACCAAGGUCAUGGCCAGCGGCUCCUGGCAGCUGGGCCCUGCUGACCCAGAGCACGUGGCGGCCGCUCUUCACCAGCGCAGAGCCUCGGACCUGCAGCACCUGAAGCGAAUGCCCCGUGUCAGGAGCCUGUUCCAAGCACGGGAAGAGACAGAGCCUGGCACGGAGGAGGGUGGCGAGGUGGAACAGAAGCAGCUACAGAAGAGGUUUGGGGGUUUCACCGGGGCUCGGAAAUCAGCCCGGAAGUUGGCCAACCAGAAGCGGUUCAGUGAGUUUAUGAGGCAGUACCUGGUCCUGAGUCUGCAGUCGAGCCAGCGUCGGCGCACCCUGCACCAGAAUGGCAUCCAGGUGAUCCCCAAAAGAGCAUGUGUCCGGUCCCAAACCUGCCGACUGGUCAGGAUCCCUCCUCCCCCACGGCACUGAGCACCGCCUGCAGCUCCACUCCAUCCGCGCGCCCCCCCCCCCCCCAUGGCAUGUUCCCACCCUCGUCGCUACAUCAGAGUGUAUUUUUGUAAUUUCCCCUGCUGACAUUCUAAUGGCCCCAUCCUGCCUCCUCGCCCUCCACCCCCCUCUUCUAGAGCUGGGUGAAAGGAAUCCAAAACCAAGCCUGGGGUUCGAGACCCAUCACUGCCACAACUUGUUUGUAAAAGAGCUGUUCUUUUUGACUGAGUGUUUGAAACAGCUAUCUGUCCAUUA